UUUGGCUCGGAGUAGACUGCAUAGUUGGUUGGAAUUGUUAUUUAGAUGUUGUGCAAAACCAUAUUUAGUGGGUGGACCAUCAACCAAUUGGCAGGGUAACGCGCAUCUUAUCUCCAUUAGUUAUUAGAGAGGGGCUUAUGCGAGUAUCCUUUGCUAUUACCCUGUGGUCAUUGUCGAGGGUUUGAACACUAUCGCCUAGGCACGAUCCUGACCCUGAGCAUUCACAGGGACCUAAACCAGACCUAAACCAGACGUGUGUUUGACUCUUGCACUCCAAUGGAGGUUGAAGGCAAUUCCAAUACUGGGAGGACAGGCGCCAGUAUUGGAGAUGCGCUCGAAUCUGGUAAAACCUUCUUGGUUCAGAGCAACCCGGAGGAGCAGCUCCCGGAUCUGGGAGAGGAGGCCAAGAUGUGGCAGAAAGAGAAGUAUGACUUUGUUCCAGGUGAGGACAAGGACCAAGAAGACGUGAAUCCCACAACAGCAGGGGACCUCGCGCACACUGAAGAUGACAACAUAUCGUUGAAGGGUCCACUACAUUCGGACCUGGGGCCGUACUUUUGGGAUGGGCAGCGGCGGAUCGACUACGUCCUCACUUACAGCGUGGUGAAGGCCCCGCGGGCCCGGCGUGUGCCCUCCAACAGCUUCAUCCGGAGCCUGAGGGAGAGCCUGAACCGUAGCUUCCGGCACACCCGGGCCGUGGCACCUCCUGAGAAAGACCCAGAGAUCGACAUGCAGGAGCAGAGGCUGGACCACCACGAGGAUGACAUGCACUUCCAGAGGGAGGAGUUUGAGCAGAAGCUGGCGGACAUGGGUCUGGAGCUGGAGAGGGAGGAAGGGACUAAAGUCCCAGGAGUGGGCUUCUUGAAGAUCCACGCACCAUGGAGCGUGCUCUGUCGAGAGGCCGAGUUCAUGAAGCUCAAGAUGCCCACCAAAAAGAAAUAUAGCGUCAAUCCAGGAAGCAACAUUGUAGAGAAAAUCAAUGUUUUUAUCAACAAGAUGACUGCACAUUUCUAUACCAGAGUGGAGGACAAUCGCAUGCACUCUGAAAAACAUCUCUCCUACCCCUUCUCCAGGGAAAAGCAACACUUGUUUGAUCUCUCAGACAGAGAUUCCUUCUUCAACAGCAAAAUUCGCAGUUUAAUCGUUUUUGAGAUCCUAAAACGAACAAAGUGCACAAAGGCCAAAUACAAUAUAGGUAUGAACAACCUAAUUGCCAAUGGCGUUUAUACAUCAGCCUACCCACUGCACGAUGGAGAAACUGAGGGUGUUGAUGUGGAGCCAAAUGACAGAAAGCUCUUAUAUGAAGAGUGGGCCAGUUACAGCCUCUUCUAUAAGUACCAGCCCAUUGGACUGAUCAGGAAAUACUUUGGAGAGAAAGUGGGUCUGUACUUCGCCUGGCUGGGUGUGUACACUCAGAUGCUGAUCCCGGCAUCGAUCGUGGGCGUGAUCGUCUUCCUGUACGGCUGUGCCACUGUGGAUUCCAACAUCCCCAGCAUGGAGAUCUGUGACGAGAGGAACAACAUUUCCAUGUGCCCACUGUGCGACCGUCCCUGCGGCUACUGGAGUCUAGUCACAGCCUGCGGCACCGCCAGGGCGAGCCACCUGUUCGACAAUAGCGCCACUGUCUUCUUUUCCAUUUUUAUGGCGCUCUGGGCCACCAUGUUCAUGGAACACUGGAAGAGGAGGCAGAUGAGACUCAAUUACAUCUGGGGUUUGACAGGCUUUGAGGAGGAAGAGGACCACCCGCGAGCGGAGUACGAGUUCCACGUCCUGCAGAAAAAGCUGAAGAACGAAAACUCCUCAAAGGUCAAGCACCACAAGCUGACAUGCAGAGACAGGAUGCCAGCUUACAUGACCAUCCUGAUCACCAUGGUCUUCAUGAUUCUUCUCACCGUGGCCAUCGUGCUUGGAGUGGUUCUGUACCGGAUUUCCAUCACAACAGCCCUGCAGUUGAGCUCGGCCUCCGCCUUCCGUUCCAACAUCCGGGCCACGGUCAAAACCACGGCCGCCAUCAUCAACCUCAUCGCCAUCAUCAUCAUGGACGAGAUCUAUGGAGUAGUGGCGCACUGGCUCACCGUGAAGGAGGUGCCGAAAACGGACAAAAGUUUCGAGGAGAGGCUGAUUUUCAAGACCUUCGUCCUGAAGUUCGCGAACGCCUUCACCCCGAUCGUCUACCUGGCUUUCUUCAGAGGCAGGCUUGUUGGCAGGCCAGGCAACUAUCUGUACGUCGUGGGGUCCUACCGGAUGGAAGAGUGCGCACAUGCGGGCUGCCUGAUGGAACUGUGCAUUCAGCUGUGCAUCACCAUGCUCGGCAAGCAGCUGAUCCAGAACAACCUGUUCGAGAUCGGCAUUCCUAAACUGAAGAAACUCAUCCGCCGUCUUAAGUCAAAGCAGAAUUCUAAACAAGAAGAGGAGUUUCAGAAGACACUCGCUUGCCAUCAGAAGGACUACUUCCUCAACCCUUAUGUUGGCCUCAAUCCAGAGUAUAUGGAGAUGAUCAUCCAGUACGGGAUGGUGACUCUCUUUGUGGCUUCCUUCCCUCUGGCUCCUCUGUUUGCACUCCUCAACAAUAUCAUCGAGAUCCGCCUCGACGCCAAGAAGUUCGUCACCGAGUCCAGGCGGCCUGUUGCUGCUCGAGCCAAAGAUAUCGGUAUCUGGUACAACCUUCUAAGAGGACUAAGCAAAGUUGCAGUCAUAGUGAAUGCGUUCGUGAUCGCUUUCACGUCUGAUUUCAUCCCACGUCUGGUGUACCAGUACAUGUACAGUCCUGAUGGAACUCUGCACGGUUUUGUGAACCACUCCCUCUCCUACUUCAAUGUCAGCGACUUCCAGAACAACACAGACCCACCACAGCCCGUGGGCUACAGAGUAGAGAUUUGCAGAUACAAGGACUACAGAGAUCCCCCGUGGUCAGACACUCCAUAUGAACUGUCGAGAGAAUUCUGGAACAUUCUGGCAGGACGCUUGGCCUUUGUCAUCAUUUUUCAGAACGUAGUGAUGCUGAUGACCGACUUUUUAGACUGGCUGAUCCCCGACAUUCCCAAAGACAUCAGCUUGCAGAUCCACAAGGAGAAGAACCUGGUUGUAGAGCUGUUUAUGAAAGAGGAGCAGGGCAAAAGGCUCCAGCGUAAAAGGCAGAGCACCGAAAGCCUGGUACAGUCCCGGCAUGCACAGGCUAGCGACUGCUAGGCAGAGGAGGGAGCAGCACUCCCAUUCCAAACCAGAGUAUGCCAUCACCAAGCCUGAGUCCAAAUAUAACACUACAGACAGGCAUACGCACUGGAGCCAGAGCCAGAUAGCAAAGGAUGUUACAAGGCCGCCAUCUUACUCGCACAGUGGAGCUUGGCUUGUUUUUUUGUUUUGUUUUUUGUGGAAAAAAAUGCAGGGAUAUAGUUUUUAUCAAUAUGCAAAUCAUGUAGUUUCAACGGCUUUGGCAACAGACGAUGAGGAGUAAUUUACUGUUUGUGUAAUGCAGAGAAUCAGAUCUUUUAUGUAGUUUGUGUGACUAUUGACUUUGCAUUUAUAGGCAACAAUUUAUUUAAUUUUAUAUCGAUUUUAUUUAAACAAUAUAUCCAGUAAAUAUGAAAUCUUUUUAAGAUUGUCUAAAGACGUUUUACAUGAUGCCACUGGUACUAAAUAUGACAUUCAAAGUAGUUCAAAAUUGUUUGUAGUCAUUUUAAAAUAAUUAUUUUACAAAGUGACAUUCUGUGAAAUACUGUGCUUGGUAGUGGUAGCGACCUUUCAGGACAAUUCAGACCAUGACUGAUGAACGUCAGAAGGCAUGGAAUAUUUGAGAAAGCUUUUUAUCAGUAAGCAUCACAUAAAAGGUUGCACAGUGAUUUACUGCAGACUCUACUGUAAACUCAGCUGAGUUCUCUUCCCUGCAUGUCUUGCUUCUGUGUCAGUCUAGCUGGAACUGAAAAAGAAUGUUCAUCAGGUAUAUGAUCCUCAUUUAAUUCCAUCACUCUGGCUCAAAAAAACAAAAAAACAAACAAACCUGAAAUAUAAGUACAUGAGAAAUUUUGCUGAGGUAAAAUAAACAGAACACACUAGUUACAGCUCAAGAGGCCUUAUCUUUCCUGGAAAGUAACUAUGCUUUACAAACCUAGAUUUAGAGGUCUUUAACCAUGGUUUACUCCCCACCCUACACACACACAGACACACACACACACACACACACAUGUAAAGUCUCUCCUGUUUUCUCUCUUUGUUUUUAAACAAUUCAACAAUUCCUUUGGUUUUAAUCAUAAUCAAUUUAAGGAACAAUAUUGUGCAUGUGCAUUACGAGGAAAACGUUAUGCUUAUAACACUUGGGAGACAUUUUAUACGAUUAUAAAAGUACUAAACUUGAAGUCAAAUUUUAUAUGUAUUUUGUUUGAACUCACAGCAUUUUGUUCUCUUCAAACUCAUCAAGCACAGCACUGUUUUUGAACUCUUGUUCAGUUAAUCUUCUUCUGGCUUUUUCAUGCCACCAGAGGUGUUUGUCUGUCAUGACUAAAAUACAGAAUUUAAAAACAUUGUAAGCACUGUUACAUUGUCUACAUGGUGUACUGAUCUUCAGUACUUCUGAGAAAGAAAUGGCUGUUUUGUCUUAUUUUGAAGUGCUUCUCCAAAUCUUGGCAAAAGUUCAAAUCUACCACAUUCCAAUGACUAUAUCAUCUGAAUAUAUUACUAUACACAACUGAUUAUUGAAGACAGACCUGCAUGUUGUAUCUUAGUUCACAGAAUAAACAAAUAAUAAAUAACAAAUAAUAAUUGUAUGAUCCCAAACUGAUUUUAAAGCUAAUAUGCAAAAUAAAAUAAAAGCAAAACAUUUAAUUUUGUUUAGUAAAGCUGACAUUCUGAUCCGCAUGGAAUCAGCUUUGUUUGCCCCUCAUGUUUUUUUUCCCCUCCCGUCAUGAUUUACUUGUUUCAACUUAAAAGUCCCCAACUUUUACAAACCAACACUGAACGGUACUGUGCUCUGCAUGAUAGUCCCAAAUGUAGUCCUUUCAUCUAGUAGUUCAUCGUGGUAAGCUUCAGUUCAUGUCUUCAUAAUGAAAAUAAAAACAGAAAACCCUGAA